CAUGGAGGAACCUCAGCAACGCAGACUGGGAGUCCUCCUCUCCCACGUCUCUGGAUCUUUGCAACCAGCUUCAGAGCUUGGCUUGAAGGCGCACAAUGUUUCUGCCUCAGCUGGGUCUCUUCUGAAGGGCAAGGUGGCCAUCAUUACUGGAUCUGGACAGGGGUUGGGAGCGGCAGCUGCCAACCUCUUUGCUGAGCAUGGUGCUCGGCUGGUUGUCACAGAUCUUGACGGUGCAAAGGCUGAUGAGGUUGCUGCGGGAAUCCGCUCACGAGGCGGUGAGGCCAUCUCUCUGGCCGGAGAUGUGACAGCAGAAGAGUUCCCAGCGUGCUGCGUCAAGGCAGCUGUGGAAGCUUUCGGCACCAUUGACAUCCUCAUCAACAAUGCUGGCUUCACAUGGGACGGCAUGAUCCACAGAAUCACGCCCAAGCAGUGGGAUGCGAUGCUGGCGGUGCACUGCACGGCGCCCUUCCGGCUGAUCCAGGCGGCGGCGCCCGUGAUGCGCGAAGCCGCCAAGAAGGAGCUGGAUGAAAAGGGUGAGGCCACUCAGCGCUGCAUCAUCAACGUCUCCUCAACCUCCGGCACCCACGGAAACCCCGGCCAGGCCAACUACAGCACGGCCAAGGCAGGCGUGGUGGGCUUGACAAAGACGGUGGCGCGGGAGUGGGGCUCCUUCAACAUCCGCUGCAACGCCAUCGCAUACGGCUUCAUCGCCACUCGCCUGACCGCUGACAAGGGAUCUUCCACCAUCAGUGUCGGCGGAGAAAAGGUGAAGCUGGGCAUUCCUGGAGGCGAGGCCAUGGCGUCAGCUGCAGCGGAGAUGCUGAUUCCAAUGAAGCGAGUGGGCACGCCUGAAGAGGCAGCCGGUGCCAUGCUGCUGCUCGCCUCUCCCUAUGCAUCCUUCAUUUCAGGACAGACGUUGGAGGUGACUGGAGGAGCUUACAUCUAAGCAGUAUAAUUCAGAACCUGAUCAGGAACUUUUGCUGGUUUGCGGAGAUCUCCGCAGACUUCUAGAAGUGCAACAAUUUGCCGGCCACUUUUGCAUGGGUGCACAUUCUGUCAGAACAAAACUAGCUGCAGCCACCUUAUCCUCUCCUAGGUGGACGUGCUUUGAUGCUAUAUGUACACUUUUUACACAUUUAUUAACUGGAAGGGCCUUAUACAUAGGACCACUUGCAGCGUCCCAAGUUGUCAUCAUCUGUGGCUCAACUGCUGUAUCUGUAGCAUAUGAGCGCAGACAAGCCUACAGCUUCUCAUAGAUGCGAUGAAGUUGGAUCACUUUAUUAAAUUCAGCAGAGUCACUUCGCUUC